AUGUUUGACUAUACACUGCUUGUCGAUAUUGCAUCUGCAUCAUUGGGUACCUCAUCAACUGGCAAGGUAUGGAGGCGAAGCAUGAGGUAUGGGACUUCUAACCUCAGCGGUUUGAACACGCCGGUAGUAGUUUUUACGAGAAUAUCAGUCUUUUGUGAUGGAACCACUGUUGGUCGAGGAGACGCAAACGUAGAAAUAGAUAGAUUUCGUUCUUGUGCUUGA